AUGUCAUCAGGAUCCGACAAAGAGCGAGAGACUUUUGUCUACAUGGCGAAGCUCUCCGAACAAGCCGAGCGAUACGACGAGAUGGUGGAGACGAUGAAGAAAGUGGCGAGGGUGAACAGUGAGCUGACGGUGGAAGAGAGGAAUCUGUUGUCGGUUGGUUACAAGAACGUGAUCGGAGCAAGACGGGCUUCGUGGAGGAUAAUGUCUUCGAUCGAACAGAAGGAAGAGUCCAAAGGCAACGAAUCAAAUGUCAAACACAUCAAAGGUUAUCGCCAAAAGGUAGAAGAUGAGCUUGCCAAUAUCUGUCAAGACAUUCUCUCCAUCAUUGAUCAGCAUCUCAUCCCUCACGCUACCUCGGGAGAAGCCACCGUUUUCUAUUACAAGAUGAAAGGAGAUUAUUACCGUUACUUGGCUGAGUUUAAGACCGAGCAAGAGAGGAAGGAAGCUGCUGAACAGUCGCUCAAAGGCUAUGAGGCUGCAACACAAGCUGCAAGCACUGAGCUCCCUUCGACCCACCCGAUUCGUCUUGGCCUUGCGCUUAACUUCUCUGUUUUCUACUAUGAGAUCAUGAACUCUCCUGAAAGAGCUUGCCAUUUGGCGAAGCAAGCCUUUGACGAGGCGAUUGCGGAGUUGGAUACUCUAAGUGAGGAAUCGUACAAGGACAGCACUUUGAUUAUGCAGCUCCUGAGAGACAACCUCACCCUCUGGACUUCUGAUCUUCCUGAAGAUGGAGGAGAUGACAACAUCAAAACCGACGAACCCAAGGAAGAACAGGCUAAGCCUGCAGAAGCCACUGAGAACUGA